GUAUAAGGUGUACAAUUGGGGUUGUGGACCAAGUCCAAUCGACAGUUUCUCUCCGUUGCCUUUGUGAUUCACAUUGCCUACUUUAUGACUAGUUGCUAUAAUAUAAUUCUAAUUAAGAUAUAUAUAUAAUAUACAUAUACAUAUCCUCCCCGCACUCUCUCUCUUUUUGUUUGUUUGUUUUUUCCUACUUGCUGUUUUUGAAGAGAGAGAGACAUCUAGAGAGAGAGAGGAAUGGAGGGGGAUGAGGGAGGAGGGGAGUGGGGGAUCGAGCGGUAUCUCCGCGACCAUUUCGACCUGCCGGCGAAGAACCCGUCGGAGGAGGCGCGGCGGAAAUGGCGCUCCGCCGUCGGCAAGGUCGUCAAGAACUACCGCCGCCGCUUCCGCAUGAUCCCCGACCUCGACCAGCGCCUCCAGGACGAAGCCAAGCGCCGAUCCAUCCAGGAAAAGAUUCAGGAAAAGAUUCGGGUCGCCCUCUAUGUGCAACAGGCUGCUUUUCAUUUCAUUGAUGCUGCUAGUAAGAAAGAGUAUCAGCUAUCAGAAGAGGCUUGUAAAGCUGGAUUUUCUAUCAGUCCAGAUGAGCUAGCAUCUAUUGCUGGUGGGCAUGAUAUGAAAGCUUUGAAGAUACAUGGGGGAGUCGAUGGGAUUUCAAGGAAACUUCGUGUCUCUUUAAACGAUGGCGUUCAUUCUAGCGAUUUAGCUACUAGGCAAAGUGUUUAUGGCGUCAACCGUUAUAUCGAGAAGCCUUCUAGAAGCUUUUGGAUGUUUGUGUGGGAUGCCUUGCAGGACUUGACUCUUAUCAUUCUGAUGGUAUGUGCUUUGAUAUCUGUUGUAGUUGGUCUUGUCACUGAAGGUUGGCCAAAGGGAAUGUAUGAUGGACUUGGAAUUAUACUUAGCAUUUUCUUGGUUGUUCUUGUCACUGCAGUCAGUGACUACAAGCAGUCUCUGCAAUUCAAGGAACUGGACAGGGAAAAGAAAAAGAUAUUUAUUCAUGUUACGAGAGAUGGGUCUAGACAAAAGAUUUCAAUAUAUGACUUGGUAGUCGGCGAUAUUGUGCAUCUAUCAAUAGGAGAUCAAGUACCAGCUGAUGGGCUAUUCAUAUCCGGCUAUUCUCUAUUAGUAAAUGAAUCUAGCUUGUCUGGUGAGAGUGAGCCCGCGGAUGUCUCCCAAGAAAAGCCCUUUCUUCUUGCAGGGACUACAAUACAAGAUGGAUCGGCCAAAAUGCUUGUUACUAGUGUAGGCAUGCGCACUGAGUGGGGAAGGUUAAUGGGCACGUUGAGUCAGGGAGGAGAGGAUGAAACUCCUUUGCAGGUUAAGCUAAAUGGUGUUGCAACCCUCAUAGGACAGAUAGGUUUGGCGUUCGCUGGUCUUACCUUUAUAGUGCUAUUGGCAAGGUUCUUAGUGGAUAAAUUCCUUCAUGGCGGUCUCUCGAAAUGGUAUGCAAGUGAUGCGCUGGCUAUAGUAAAUUAUUUUGCAAUAGCAGUGACUAUUAUUGUAGUUGCAGUUCCUGAAGGCCUUCCAUUGGCUGUGACUUUGAGUCUUGCAUUUGCGAUGAAGAAGUUGAUGGAUGAUAAAGCACUAGUGAGGCAUUUAUCUGCAUGUGAAACAAUGGGAUCAGCUAGUUCCAUUUGUACAGAUAAAACAGGGACUUUGACAACUAAUCACAUGGUAGUUAAUAAGAUAUGGAUCUGCGAUGUAUCAAAGACAUUUAGUGGUAUGGAUACGAUCGAAGAUCUAAAUGCUCUCUUCUCUGAAAAAGUUUUGAGUAUCCUUUUGCAAGGAAUUUUUGAGAAUUCUAGUUCGGAGGUAGUUAAAGGAAAAGAUGGUAAAAACGCAAUUUUGGGUACGCCAACUGAAGCAGCACUAUUGGAAUUUGGGUUGAAAUUGGAAGGAGACCGUGGUGCUCAGCAUAGGUCUUGCACAAAGAUAAAGGUGGAGCCUUUCAACUCAGUUAAGAAGAAGAUGUCUGUGCAGGUGUCAUUAACUAACGGAGGUUUCCGUUGUUUCUGCAAAGGUGCAUCGGAAAUUAUUCUCCGGAUGUGCGACAAGAUAAUUGAUGGUGAGGGAAAUAGUAUACAAUUAUCGGAAGAGCGUGUAAAGAAUAUCUUGGAUGUCAUCAAUGCUUUUGCCUCAGAAGCCUUAAGAACACUUUGCUUAGCCUUCAAGGAUAUGGAUGAGGCCAAUGAGAAAGAAGAUAUUCCUGACAGCGGUUAUACAUUAAUAUCUGUUUUUGGCAUUAAGGAUCCGGUGCGUCGAGGCGUCAAGGAGGCUGUUAAGACGUGUAUAGCUGCUGGUAUAACAGUGCGAAUGGUUACGGGGGACAAUAUAAAUACAGCUAAGGCUAUAGCAAAGGAAUGUGGAAUUUUGACAGAUGAUGGCUUGGCUAUAGAAGGGUCAGAAUUUCGCAGCAAGAGCCCAGAGGAGAUGAGGGAGUUGAUUCCUAAACUUCAGGUGAUGGCUCGAUCUCUGCCAUUGGAUAAACAUACCUUAGUGACAAACUUGAGAGGUAUGUUUCAUGAGGUCGUUGCAGUUACCGGUGAUGGUACUAAUGAUGCUCCAGCUUUGCAUGAGGCAGACAUUGGACUUGCUAUGGGUAUUGCAGGAACUGAGGUUGCAAAAGAGAGUGCUGAUAUUAUUGUGUUGGAUGAUAAUUUCACUACUAUAAUAAAUGUUGCUCGAUGGGGUCGUGCGGUUUACAUCAACAUCCAAAAGUUUGUGCAGUUCCAAUUGACCGUUAAUGUUGUUGCUUUGAUCAUCAAUUUUGUUUCGGCAUGCAUUAUAGGAACUGCUCCUCUUACUGCUGUACAGCUGCUUUGGGUGAACAUGAUUAUGGAUACUCUUGGUGCUUUAGCCUUGGCUACAGAGCCUCCGAAUGAUGAGAUGAUGCAAAGGCCACCAGUGAGACGGGGUGAGAACUUUAUAACAAGGACCAUGUGGAGAAAUAUCAUUGGUCAGAGCUUGUAUCAGCUGCUUGUACUUGGUACUCUCAUGUUCGCCGGUAAAAGGCUUCUGAAUUUGAAGGGUGCUGAUGAUGAUUCUGUUGUCAAUACACUCAUAUUCAACUCCUUUGUGUUUUGCCAGGUGUUCAACGAAAUAAAUAGCAGGGAGAUGGAUAAGAUCAACAUUUUUCGCGGAAUUUUCAGCAAUUGGAUCUUCGCUGCCAUUAUAACUGUCACUGUCGUUUUCCAGGUGAUAAUAGUAGAAUUCCUUGGUCCAUUCGCAAGCACGGUACCGCUUACUUGGGAACAAUGGUUGAUCAGUGUCGGCCUUGGGGCUAUCAGCUUAAUUGUUGGUGCUAUCUUGAAAUGCAUACCAGUUGAACCAAAGCCUAACAAUGCACCAAGAGGCUACGAAGCGAUCCCGAUCGGUCCAGAUGGUGUAUAGAACUAUGUACUACCACUGGUUUCACAUUUGGAUGUAUCACCUCAUUUUUUGCAAGGAGUAUAUGAUCUGUUUCAGUCUAGACUGGAGAGGUUUAACUUGGAAUUCAAAUCCACGAAAACUAAUCUAUCGUAAGUUUUGUUUCUUCUUCCUCUUCGCUAGGAUGGUUUAUACGUUGCAGCUGAAAACCAUCAGCUUUACAUAAUCCCAAAAGGGUUAUGUUAAUUAUCUUGAUCCAGUCGAUAAGCCGGCGCAUUAUUGUAUUCUAUUAGCCUCAGAUGGGCGGAAGAGUAUUUAAAUGUGUUAUUAAGCAACUAAACAAAUAUGUACUACUAUAGUAUCAGAAUUUCUUGAUGUUUAAGUUCAUUUUCUUUGCGAGGAUUUCAA